CCUCCAGUCGUGUUUGGGGUAGUCCGCGGCUAGCAGUCAGCGGGCGGGGCGGGCCUACCACCCGCUGGGGAGACACGCACCCGGCACGGUCAGGAGCACAAGCCGCAGCCUGGACCGGGACAUGGCGCCGGGCCAGUGACGGAAUCACCGAGCGCAGGCGGAACGAGACCCUCGGGAGCGGGGCACUGAGCCGGGCUCUUUUCACUACGGACCAGACAUCCGGUUCCGGUUUCUGCAGCUGUGCCCGCCGCACCGCUCGAGUCGCCGUUGCCUGCCUGUGCCGCUCGCUCGGUGGGCGCGUGGGACUCGCCAUGCCAAAAGUACCAAAGGGCAGAGGAGGGCAAGAGAAAAAAGUCAUCCAUCCUUACAGCAGAAAGGCUGCUCAGCUUACGAGAGAAGCACACAAACAGGAAAAAAAGGAAAAGUUGAAGAAUGAAAAAGCCUUGCGUCUCAGUAUUGUAGGAGAAAAAUUGCAAUGGUUUCAAAGUCACCUUGAUCCCAGCAAAGCAGACUACACAAAGAAAGAAGCCUGUGAACUAAUUGAAAAAUAUUUACAUCGAUUCAGUGAUGAACUGGAACAGAUUGAGUUACAUAACAGCAUUAAAGGCAGACAGGGAAGGCAGCACAGUUCCCGGGAGAUAAUCAUCAAACAGACCAUAGAGCAUGAAAGACAACUCUAUGAAGGAUAUGGGAUAGACAUUCCUGACAUUGUGAAUGGCAAACAUCUUAAUAUUUUCAGAGAAUGGGAUGGCGAUCUGAAGAAACUGCCAAACAUUAAAAUGAGAAAAGUCUCUACUAAAGAUGCUGUUUGCAGUAGGACAGAGGUGACAAAUGGGGAAGCUGAAGAGGAAUUAGAUGCAGCAAAAGACACAGACUAAUGAGUACCAGCCAAUACAAAAGGUGAAACAGCUGAAAGGGACUGCCAGGAACCUAUUUGAACUAUCACUGGAAGCAAGAAUAAAGCUGGUAUUUUCAAUUAUAUUUGAGAAGACUUGGUUGGUUGAAUAUUUGAUUAGUUGAUUGUGCUUCACCCUGGCCUUAAGUUAUGUAGUGAAAUUUCAGCAAGCAGCAUGUUAGAUUCAGUGUGGUGCUUACUUAGAGAAAAAUGAAUGAAGGCUUUAAAAUCUAAAACUUUCAGAAAAUCUCCAUUUUCCCCCUACCUCUUCCACCCUAGCUUCUCUUGAGAGUGCAAGCCCCUGGGUAUGGGUUGGUGGGGAAUAGUUAUCUCUAGCCUAAUGGCUGUGGGACAGUGCACUCUCUGUGACUCGCCUGUUUUGGCAAAUGUCAUGGGGGGAAGAGGGGCUGGAUUUUCUUGGUAGUGUCCACUCAUUGGAUGAUGAUAAUGAGAACAUAAAUGUCAUUUAAUUUUGAUAAGUAGGUAAGAUACUGUUAUACAGCAGACUACCUUUACCCAUAACUUGGUCCAUUACCUGUGGCGUCUAAGUUAAGAUAAAAUGGUACUAAAUAUGUGACUUAAAUCUAUCCCCAUAGCCACCAUCUCCAGAUUUUCUUUACUGAGCCAGCAACCAGGCCCUCAGCAAAUUGUGCAUUUGGCUAAUGCUCAGGUAAUGGCUUAGAGAAGCAGGCUUUCAUACAGCCUCAUGUUAACAGACUUGAAAAGGAGCAUCAAAAAUUGGAGGAAGGCUUUUGGAGCCUCCUGUAAAGCAUCCCUCCACCUCCCUUUGUGCCUAAUUUGGACCCAUCUUUCAGGGAAGCCCUUGUCAGACUUGAGAACAAGCAAAAGAGAGAACAGUAGGAAGAAUCUCCUUCUCUACCCACGUCCUUUAAGCGCACAGGCCCUGCCCUGUAACUAAGAAAUGUAUGUCAACCUAGAAGCAUAGUGUCCCAUUUAGUGAUAAGGGAUAUCCAUAACUUGAUAAUCAGAAGGGUUCCUAGAUCUACAACUGCAUGAACUCAAGAAAAGCCUUUAACUCUAGGGCUGUAGAGGCAGAAUGUAUUUCUGCCACUAAAAGCUAUGUGCCUAAAUUGACCAUUUUCUGAUGCUAGGGGUAGCCAGUUAACCAUUUUAUGUAGGAGAUUUUAUUGCCUUCAUUACAAAGACUGAGUUGAUCACUAAGCUGAGACACUGUUGGUUAUUGGUGUGGCUUAGUAAAUAGAAUACUGGACUGAGGUUCAGGACACCUGGGUUCUCUUCCCAGCUUUACCACUGGCCUACUGGGUGACCCUGGUAAGUUACUUCCCUGUGUCUCAGUUUGCCUAUCUAUAAAAUGAGGAUGAUGAGGCUUAUUUCCCUUGUAAAGCACUUUGAGAUUGACAGAUGAAAAGUGAUGUGUAAGAGGUAAAUGAUAGUAUUUGUAGCAUUGCUAGCACAUUUACAUUUACAUAGGGAGUAGGGCUGGCUUUGAGGCAGAGCGUGGAAGACCCUAAAAUCCUUUCCCCAAUGAAGCCUUGAGCUAGCAGGGAGGGAUAAGGGGAAGCAAGGCGCACCUGGGAAGGAACCGUCUGCAGGGAGGGAAUGUCUCCUCAAGGGCUGCCUUUCACAUUUUUGCUCAGUUAAUCCAUCAUUCCCUAAGGCUGAACAUCUGAGCAUUCUCAUUCGUCCGUGCUAAAAAUUUUAUUGCCUGCUCUACACACCCUGCAUUGAUUUAACUAGAGAUGUGAUAACUGAUUUAGUUAAACUGGUGCAAUGUAUGUAUAAUUGCUCUUAACUCUAUUUAAAUCUGUCUCAUCUGCUUAGCUUGCCUAAAACCUGAACUCAUCUCACAGAUCUGAAUCACCAAUAGACCUGUGUCCACAGAGCAGGUUUGGGGGGGUUUUUUGGUUUAAAAACCAAUUUUAGUUGAAUUGGUGUAACUUCCAUAUGUAGACAAGCUCAAUGUUUCACUGUGGCGAUAGAAUCACUGCCAGAAGUCCUUUUUCUUCCGCAUUUUCUUUUAAUGGGAUGAAUAAAAGGGGCAGUAAGCCUUAUUCUUCCUGGAAUGACUUGAAAGGCUAGUUUGUCAUUGUAAAAGAUGUGGUGUCCUUAAUAGCACUGUGUUAAGCUGACAUUUGUGUAAACAUUUUUUUUUAAAUGUAUGCUAUUCGGAGUCAUGGAGAAUAUUAGAUUAGCUGUCUAAGUCUUUCCAUGAACAAUUCCAUUAAAACAAAAGGCAAUAUAUAAAGCAAAUGUAUAAUCUGUAAAGUUAACUUGACAAAAAUUGAGCAGUCUUGAAAUAAUUUGUAAUACUCGCUGCUCAUGUUAUGCAUUUUAAAAUAAAAGCGAAAUGAGAUAUAGAAA